AUGGCCACAACCACAGUGACCGGCCAUGGGCGGCGGUCCUCCAUGCGACAACCCGAAGUGCAAGUACCAAACAAACCCUCAACAUCCCAGCCAACAAGCAGCCCCAUCGACAAGUUCCCUCCCUACGAAGAUUCCCUGGAUGCCGCCGUGGGGGGGUCCCACCGUCCACACCGAAGCCCCUCGGUGAAAUAUGCUCCAGGUGAAUUGUGGGAGCCACGAAAGUCAGCACUUUACUCGCGAGAACACCCAAGUGGAUCAUUGAGGAACCCCAAACAUCGACCGCGGAAGAGCAUCAGUGAGGCCAUCACCACCAUUCGAACCCGCAACGGCAGCGUGAGUGCCAACGCGCAGGAGCUAGCGGAAGCACUUCGAGCACCGGUAUCAUAUCGAUUGAUUGGCCUCUGUAUGAUCUGGUACCUGACCUCUGCGCUCACGAAUACUUCCUCGAAGUCCAUCUUAAACGCACUUCCGAUGCCUAUCACCCUGACAAUCGUUCAAUUUGCCUUUGUUUCGUUCUGGUGUCUGCUCCUAGUGUAUCUGUCUACAGUGAUUCCAUGGCUACGGCGUAGCGUGCCGGUGCUCAAGCAUGGUAUUCGUUACCCAUCUCGCGAGGUCAUCUCCACUGCGUUGCCUCUGGCCGUCUUUCAGUUGGCCGGUCACAUCCUGAGCUCCAUGGCUACAUCUCAAAUCCCGGUGUCUCUGGUCCAUACCAUCAAGGGCCUUUCACCUCUGUUCACUGUUCUGGCGUACCGAGUGCUAUUUCGCAUUCGGUACGCAAGGGCAACCUACCUCUCCUUGGUUCCUCUCACCGUCGGUGUCAUGCUUGCAUGCUCCACCGGAGUCUCCACAAACUUCUAUGGGAUUCUCUGCGCGCUCUUGGCGGCGCUGGUGUUUGUAUCUCAGAACAUCUUCUCUAAGAAGCUCUUUAACGAGGUGGAGCGUGUCGAGGCCGAAGCGGCCAAUCCAGCGCGGCGGAAGUUGGAUAAGCUCAACCUGCUCUGCUAUUGCUCUGGGCUGGCCUUCUUCCUCACUUUGCCCAUCUGGUUUGUCAGUGAAGGAUACCCUCUGGUGUCCGACUUCAUCCAUGACGGUGUGAUCUCUCUUUCAGGCAAACAGGGGUCGCUGGACCAUGGUGCCUUGCUGGUCGAGUUCGUCUUCAAUGGCGUUUCGCACUUUGCGCAGAAUAUUCUGGCAUUUGUGCUCCUGUCUAUGGUGUCGCCUGUGUCCUAUUCGGUAGCCUCCCUGGUAAAGCGAGUCUUCGUGAUUAUCGCUGCGAUUGUGUGGUUUGGCAGCUCCACCACUCCCAUUCAGGCAGUUGGCAUUGGCCUCACCUUCGUGGGCCUCUACCUCUACGAUCGCAACAACCACGACGAUGUGGCUGACCAACGAGCGAAUGCGGAUCACUUCCGUGCUCCGGAGGCCAUUCUGCCGUUGAAUGUCCGACACUCAAGCAAGCCGUGGGAUUCAAAUGGCUACGCCUUCCCCGGUGCGAGAUCGCUCGAGACCUCCACAGGCAACAACUCUCACGCGACCAACUCCUCCAAAAAGCAGGACGAUGGCCCCGGGCGCGUGCGGCCUCGAGGAGCGAGUGUUAAUCGGAAUUGGCUGCCCGGGACGAAACAAGAGUCAACAUGGCAGCCUGCUGAUUCUUCAGCAGCCACAUAA